AGUUAUCAUAAUCACGACCAAAACAACAGUCCGUUUAAAACACAAGACAUCGAUGAUGAGGACCCGACCCUUACCUCGUGUGGCAUAGGCUCGUGGCGACCCCAAUGGCUACAGGUGUUCGCGAGUCCCAUAUACUUCACAAUGAACUUUGCUAUCGUAGGGGUCGUACAGGCCAUGACCGGUAGCUUUUUGGUCGCCUCCAUCAGUACUCUAGAGAAGAGGUAUGCCUUCGACUCCAAGAUAUCUGGAUAUAUAUUCAUCGCCGAUAAUUUUGUACAAAUGCUGGUCAGUCCCAUAAUUGGCUAUUUAAGCAAUCGGUUCAAUAGGCCGCGUAUGAUAGCCACGGGUGAACUUAUCUUAGCCCUGUCCUGUUUCAUUAAUGCAAUGCCAUACUUCAUAUACGGUCCGGGGACACACCUACUUCACGACGACAACCUGCUGACCAAAUUGGCCCUCAAUGAAACCCGUUAUGAGAUGUGUCCGGCCAAUCAAAAUGACAUCGACUGUUCCGGUGGGAAGUACUCGACUGUAUGGGGGGCUGUUAUCCUAUUAAUAAUCGGCAGCUCUGCCCGAGGCCUGGGAUAUACAGCCUAUUCUGUGAUCGGAAUGCCAUACAUCGACGAUAGUGUCCAGAAGACUAACUCUCCCCUAUAUAUUAGUUUUCUCUCAUCAGUGAGACUCAUAGGAUCGUUACUAUUCAUUGUAACCCUUCCCAUGUUUUUAUUCCCAAAACAAUUCAAAACAGCGACCGUUAAAGUGAAAGAUCUCAAGGAAAAUGUCAGUGGAGUUAAAGGUUUUGGCGGAUAUUUAAUAAACAAACCCAAAUAUAUUGAGUCUCAGUUCAGACAAUCGAGUUCAGGCGCCAGUUUCAUAACCGGUGCCACAUCUGUACUUCCCAUAGCAAUCGGUAUCAUAUUAGGCGGAGUAAUAAUUAAAUACAUAAAACCCCGACCCCUCACACUUGUUAUAUACAUGUUUGCUAUCGAGUUGGUUACCAACGGAGCUCUGCUGUUUGGUAUGUUUACCGGUUGUCCAUCACUUAACCUGCCCUCCACUGGACUUACACCCGAUAAUCAAUUUUCAUUGAAUUCUAAAUGCAAUACCGGUUGUGAGUGCACGACCAGAGUAUUCACACCAAUCUGUGCCGAGGAUAAGAUGACUACAUAUUUCUCGCCGUGUUUUGCAGGCUGUAAUAAAUUGAACAGAGCAUCAGGGACAGUGUCCGGGUGUUCAUGUAUUGGUGAUUACGAGGGUGGGGGUGGGGGUGAGGCCACCACAAGCUUCUGUCAAAGCGAUACCGAUAACUGCAAUAAUUUGAUGCCAUAUUUAAUUAUGAUGACAGUUUCCAGUAUAAUAUUGUCUACUACCGGAACUGGCAAUGUAUUGCUUACACUUAGAGCUCUGGAUCCGAAAGACAAAAGUUUUGCCAUGGGUGUGAUGGGUACUUUUAUGGCUAUAUUUGCUUUCAUUCCGUAUCCGUUAAUAUUCGGAGCGGUAGUCGACUCGACGUGUUUGGUAUGGGAGAGCAAGUGUGGGAAGACUGGUAACUGUUGGAUAUAUGACCAGGAUAAGUUCAGGUACUACCUACACGGCACGGCACUGGUAUUCGUGUGUGUUGGCUCAUUAAUGGAUUUGGGUAUCAUUUAUAACGCCAAACAUAUUAAAAACUUUUACGACGACUCCUAUGAUACCAAAGUGGAAAAGGAGACCACAAAUGGUGACAAUAAUAAUGUGAUUGCAAUGACUGGUGUGACACUCAAAGCAAAUGAUGUCGAAACCGAUGGUGUUAUAUAA